AUGCCGGCAAGCAAACAGACCCUGUCUUGUCACAUCCGAGGGGAGAAGGUGGGACAGAUAGCGAUCAUCUCCCGACUCAACUUCACCGUGUUCAGUGAAGCUGUAACCAAGUGCUGCUACUCACAAAAUGAGUACAAGGUGGCAUUUGUCGGGGGCACAGACAACUUCGGGUUCCCCACGAUCAUGGAUAUCUACGUGCUGAUGUUGACACCAGAAGACAGGAAGAAAGAAAACCGGACAAUAAAGAAUGUGUUUAUUAGCAAGUUUCCUGGCUUAGCUGAGUUAGAGAAGUAUGCCACGAAAGUGUCCGACUUGGAGCUGAUGGGGAAGAUCCGCAUAGUGAGGACGUUUCACCACAACAUACCUAUGUGUCUCAGCAAGAUCUCAGCCAAGUGUGUCAGCGACCUCAGACAAGCAGAUAUCAUCUUCAGUACUGCACACAAGGCUAAGGGACUGGAGUUCUCAACAGUCCAGGUGACAGAUGACUUCAUCAAUGCCUCAAGUCAAAGUGCUCGCAUAGAUCUCCGAAGUCUCAGGAACCCAGCAUGUAUACCUGCAGAUGAAGCUAAUCUACUUUACGUGGCUGUCACCCGUGCCAAGAACGCACUCGUGCUGUCCCCGAUGCUGGUGAAAGUGCUCCAGAAUAAUGGGGAGAAGUUUGAAUACCCAGUGAGCAGCGAUCACCUACAGAACAUCGGCGACCCUUUCAAGUGUCGCGAGACAGAUGCGGAGUUCAAACCACAGGCUUUGACACUCAGACGACAAGACAUAACUGUGGGCGAGGCAGAUCACCGCAAAGGUGGUGUGUAUGGGCCACAGAUCCUGAGUGAAAACAUUCACAGGUUUGCUGAGCUGCUUGGAGACCCAAACCUCAAGCCAAAGACAAGUGUGGUUGGUAAUGGUGUUAACGACAUCGUACAUCCCAGGAUUCUCUAUGACCAAAAUGGAGGAGAUAGUGAUGAGGAAGAUAGUGACGAGGAAGACCUUCCUUACCCAUUUUAGAGACAGGUGUGUGGAGAACAUGACAGCUGUGUGAAGACAUGUUACAGACAGCUAUGUGAAGACAUGUUACAAACAGGUAUGUGAAGACAUGUUACAAACAGCUAUGUGAAGACAUGUUACAAACAGGUAUGUGAAGACAUGUUACAAACAGGUAUGUGAAGACAUGUUACAAACAGGUAUGUGAAGACAUGUUACAAACAGGUAUGUGAAGACAUGUUACAGACAGGUAUGUGAAGACAUGUUACAAACAGCUAUGUGAAGACAUGUUACAAACAGCUAUGAGAAGACAUGUUACAAACAGCUAUGUGAAGACAUGUUACAAACAGCUAUGUGAAGACAUGUUACAAACAGCUAUGUGAAGACAUGUUACAAACAGGUAUGUGAAGACAUGUUACAAACAGCUAUGUGAAGACAUGUUACAAGCAAGUAUGUGAAGAUGUGCUACAGAAAGCUACCUGAACACAUGUUACCGACAGGUGUGCGGAGAAGUGUUACAGACAGGUGUUUGGAGAAGUGUUACAGACAGGUGUGU